GAGCGAGCGGAGCGGAGCGCAGCGCAGCGGGGCCGCGGGAGGAGCGCAGGGAGACGUCGCCGCCGCGCCGGGCCACACGGCACCACACAACAUGGAGUUCCCGGAGUUCCUGACCGGGAAUCCGUUCAGCACACCGGUCGGACAACGAAUCGAGCAGGCAACCAGCUCCAGCCUUCCAUCAGAGGACUGGGCCCUGAACAUGGAAAUCUGCGACGUUGUCAACACCACAGAUGAAGGGCCAAAAGAUGCAGUCCGAGCGAUAAAGAAGAGGAUUGUGGGGAACAAGAACUUCAGGGAGGUCAUGCUGGCACUCACGGUUCUGGAGGCUUGUGUGAAGAACUGCGGCCAUAAGUUCCACAUUCUGGUGUCCACCCGGGAUUUUAUAGAAGGGGUUCUUGUCCGGGCCAUCAUCCCGAGGAACAACCCUCCUUUGGUCCUGCAUGACAGAGUGCUCAGCAUCAUACAGGCGUGGGCCGAUGCAUUCCGCAGCUCACCUGAUCUGACGGGUGUGGUGUCUGUGUAUGAGGACCUGCGAAGGAAAGGACUGGAGUUCCCCAUGACUGAGCUGGAUGGCUACUCGCCCAUCCAAGCCCCAAACAAGAAUUUGGCUGGGAAUGGGCCUGUGGUCACUCUGCCUCUUGCACCCUCAUCUCUCAAUCUUCCCCUCAUCUCACCCCAGUCCUUUGAGCCAAAACAGAAGCAGGAGGGAGCCAGUGCGUUCACCCCCAACCAGGUGAAGAAGCUGAAGGCAGACCUGCGAGUAGUGCAAAGCAACCUGACUGUGAUGUCGGACAUGAUGAGUCAGCUGGAUCCAGUCACAGCCAAACACACAGACGUCGAGCUGCUAGAGCAGCUGUACACAAUUUGCAAGGAAAUGCAAGACAGAAUAGUAAAAGUUGUUCCUCGACUCAGUGAGGAGAAGCUGAUUGAAGAGUUACUGGCUACCAAUGAUGAGAUGAACACCACCUUCACUCGCUACCAGAGAUUUGAAAGACAUAUGACAAAUGGCCAAAACACAACAGAAAAGAGUCACACAUAUGUGAACCUAUCAGACCUCAACCUUGCAACUAAGUCUCCCAGCCAAUCAGAAGUCGACAGCCCUCUGAGCCAGUCAGUUGACGCUGUGUCCAGUCAGAUGGAGAGACUCAGUACAGGUGACGCAGAUGAGUCAUUUUCACAGAAAAGGAGCGUCUCACAGACUCAACGACAGUGUGAGCAGGGCGAAGCUGCCGUGGACGGCUUGGCUCAGGCUGCGAACAUCAGGCUGAAAAACACUGAAACGGACGCCAGCCCGGCCUCCACCUGCAGCUCCUCACCAAAGUUAGAAUGGAUGCUAAAAAGGGGAAUGGUUCCCCUCAGCCAGUCUAAUAUCAUGGAUGAUAUUGAGAAAUGGUUAGCCCUGGAUGAUGAGGAUGAUUUUGAUGAUUCAGAUGGGGUGAUCAGUGAAGAGUUUGACAGGUUUUUGGCGGCAAGAGCAAAAGCGGCAGAGCGGCUGCCGUCGGUGAAAGCCUCUACGCAGGGUGCAAACCACUCUCAGUCCUAGGCCACUCUGAACCUGGCAGCCUCACAACACUAAUGAAGAUCCUGCUCCACAGACUGAGAGAGGGAGAUUAUCUUCUUGCUGAAUGGUUGAAUGGCACAUGCAGUGAGCCGGCGACAUGGAAAUGGCAAUUGCAACCUUAAGAGACAGGCUGUUAUACUAGUGUACACUCUUAUUUAUUUUGGGCCAAACAUUGUUUUCAGCUGAUGAAACUGAUUUGAUGAAGUAUAGAGUUUUGACACUACUAUGAGGGCUUAUCCAUAUGUGGAAUGCAAAUAUUUGCACAUUUUGUAUGGUUUUAUUCCUGCUGUUGAAGAAGAUAAAAAGAAGGAAUAUUGUUACAGAAAAUAACAUGCAGUAUGUACGAUGUGCUCUGAUAAUUGUCAAACAUCCUAUUUGGUCACAGAGAAACAUUGUUCACUAUCAGAGUAGCAAACACUGUUAACUUGUAUGUGAGAGAAGCUCAGCUAUUAUGAUAGUGGAAUAGUUUGAUGCUUGUAAUCACAUCAUUGGUAAUGUAAGAUGUCUCACACACACACUCACACACACACACACACACACACACACACACACACACACACACACACACACACACACACACACACACACAAGACCAAUUUGGAAAACCAAAUUAAUUUUUUUUUACAUCUAACAUUCUCUUGUGAAGAUACUUUACUUGAAGUUUAACAGAGAUCCUGCAGAAUAUAAUGAUGGAAUACUGUCAUUAAAAAAGUAUUAAUUGAGAA